AUGGCGGCGAAAAACAAGCACCGUAAAAAGUCCAAAGCGAGCGGUAAUAAAGUGACAUUUCACCCCGCAGACAACGACAUGGAGGCCGAAAACAGCGGCGGGGAGGAAGCGGAAGGUCCGGCGGCUGAUGGCGGUGAAGACAGACGGAAGAAGAAAGAAGAAGAAGAAGAGAUCAGUCUGGACGAGAUUCUACAGCUCGGAGGAACGCAGGCGGACUACGUUCUGCUCGCCGGCCUGAACGACUGCAACGAGCUCGUUGACGGAGGAAAGAAAGGAGCGAUAGACGACCUGGAGGACGGCGAGCUCGAGAAGUUCAUCGCCAAGCUCGGCGUCCGGGCGUUCGCGGGACUGCAGAGCAUCCCGGACGAACCCGAGGAAGAACCGGAGGGCGCAGGAGGCGAGGAGGAGGAAAGUAAAACGGUAGAAACGAAGAAAACAGAGGAAGAAACCGCUCAGCAGAAAGUGAAGAAGGAGGAGAGACUGAAGGCGAAAAAGAAGAAAGACGCGGCGAAGACGAAGAAGAAGCAGAACGUGAACGUGUUCGAGUUCCAGAAGAGGCCGGUGCUGCUGAUCAAACCCGGAGGGAAGUGGUUCGAUCUGGACUACACUGCCGAGGCCUCCUCCGCCCAGCAGGACCCGUCACUGGUGACCCAGUACAAGGCGCUCGCCCAGCAGCUGUACGAGGCCGACGUGGCGCUCUACAAGAGCAAGAAGAACCUGCAGAAGGGUGCCAACUCCAACUGGAUGAAGACGGUCGUCUCCUCCGGCGUGCUGGCGGACCGGAUGGCGGCCAUGACGGUGCUGAUCCAGGACGCGCCGGUGCACACGCUGGAGCACGUGGAGAACCUGGUGUCCAUGGUGAAGAAGAAGGGCAGCCGGCGGAUGGGCCUGAUGGCGCUGGACACGCUGCGCGAGCUGCUGCUGUCCGACCUGCUGCCGGAGGGCAGGAAGCUCCACCCCUUCUCCCAGCGGCCCUUCGACCUGUUGGAGGAGAAGGCCAGCGGCAACCGGGACGCCCGCGACCGCCACCUCGUCCUCUGGUACUUCGAGCACCACCUGAAGCACCACGUGGCCGAGUUCGUGGCGGCCCUGGACUCGGUGGCCCACGACACGGUGGCGGCCACCAAGGCCAAGGCGCUGGCCACCGCCUACGAGAUGCUGUGCGGCCGCCCGGAGCAGGAGAGGGCGCUGCUGGGCCAGGUGGUCAACAAGCUGGGCGACCCCGAGUACAAGACGGCGGCCAAGGCGUCCUACCUGCUGGAGUCGCUGCUGCACAAGCACCCCAACAUGAAGGCGGUGGUGUGCUGCGAGGUGGAGCGGCUCAUGUUCCGGCCCAACAUCAGCGCCAAGGCGCAGUACUACGCCGUGUGCUUCCUCAGCCAGGUGAUGCUGAGCCACGACGAGGCGCUGCUCGCCGCCAAGCUCAUCGCCAUCUACUUCUCCUUCUUCCGCGCCUGCGUCAAGAAGAAGGACAUCGAGUCCAAGAUGCUGAGCGGGCUGCUGUCGGGCGUGAACCGGGCGUAUCCCUACGCCGGCUCCGGGGACGAGAAGGUGAGGGAGCAGCUGGACACGCUGUUCAAGGUGGUGCACCUGGUGAAGUUCAACACGGCCGUGCAGGCGCUCAUGCUGCUCUUCCAGGUGAUGGACUCCCAGCAGAGCGUCUCCGACCGGUACUACGUGGCUCUGUACAGGAAGCUUCUGGACCCUGGUCUGUCGUCGUCCACCAGACAGAGCAUGUUCCUGAACCUUCUGUAUAAAUCCCUGAAGGCCGACAUGGUGCUGCGUCGGGUCAAAGCGUUUGUGAAGCGUCUGCUGCAGGUCAGCGCUGAGCAGAGCGCCAGCUUCUCCUGCGGAGCGUUGUUCCUGGUGUCAGAGGUGAUGAAGGCCAAGCCGGGCCUCAGGGUCCUGCUGCAGGAGGACGGGGACGGAGAGGAGGAGGAGUUCAAAGACCUCGCUGAGGAGAAGGAAGAGGGUGACGAUGAUGAAGAGGAAUGCUUUGUUGACGCCGACAAACUGGAGGAAGGAGCGAGUGUAGAGCCAGAGGCGGCGGAGCCAGAGGUGGCAAAGCCCACUGCAUCAUGGGUACACCACCAGAACCUGGAAGGAGGGAAGAGCCAGCAGAGCUACGACCCGCUGCACAGAAACCCGUUAUUCUGCGGCGCCGACCACACGACUCUGUGGGAACUACAGAGACUCUCCGUACAUUUCCACCCGUCAGUGUCGCUGUUUGCAAAAACGCUCCUGGAGGGAGGCUCCAUCCAGUACUCCGGGGACCCUCUGCAGGACUUCACCCUCAUCAGGUUCUUGGACCGCUUCGUCUUCAGGAACCCCAAACAGCUGAAGGGGAGACAAAACACCGACUCUGCGGCGCUGACGCCCAAACAGAGGUUCCCUCUCAACUCUGUACCGGUGAACUGUGAGGAGUUUCUGGUUAAAGAAGAGAGUCAGAUCCCCGUGGAGGAGAUCUUCUUCCAUCGUUACUUCAGGAAGCGUCGGCAGCAGAAGCAGCUUCAGGGCCGUCGUCCUCGAGGAGACGGAGACAACGAGAGCGUGGAGGACGUCGACGACGAGGAGUUCGAGCAGAUGCUCGAUUCCUGUGAAGGAGACUCGUACUUCACCGAGAUGACCGUCGAUGAUCUGGACUUUGCAGGGAACGUGAAGAGUAAGAAGAGUAAGAAAGGAGCCGAGGACUCGGAGGACUCGGACGACUCGGACGUGGACGACCUGGACGACGAGGAGGUGUCUCUGGGCAGCAUGGACGAGGAAGACUUCGGAGAUGAGCUGGAGGAGGAAGGAGGAACCUUCGUGGAUCCUGAUGGAGGCGGAGACGACGAUGAUGAUGAAGAAGAAGUUCCAGAGCUGGAGGAUGACGACGCAUUCGGCGAGUCGGACGAUGAGAUGGAAGCUCCAGACAUCACUCCUCGAACCAAGAAGAUGAAAAGGAAAUCCUCCUCCGAGCUCGACUUCUCCGAGUCUUCAGAGUCGAAACCGGGGAAGAAGAAGAAGAAGAAGAAAGGAAGGAAAGAUGCUGCCAUAUUUGCUUCCGCUGAAGAGUUUGGCUCCCUGUUGGAUGAGAACGCCGGCUCCAAGUUUGAUAACAUUGGAGUGAACGCGAUGGCAAACACUGACAAAGCAGCCCUGAAGCAGUUGAAAUGGGAAGCGCAUCGGGACGACUGGAUGCAAGACCGCGACGCCAAGACGAUGCGCAGGAAGAAGACCGCGUUCAACAAGAAGAGGACCUUCGGUCAUGUCAGGGCCGGAGGCAAGACGUUCGGGAACAAGAGGAGGAAGUAGCAGCUGCCGUGUGUUCGUGGAUUUUUGAACUGACAACUUCAUUCCUGUUUGAGCGACCACGCGUCGUGGUCUUUCUCUCGGAUGCCGUGGACUCCUGCCCACUCAUUGGACCGGUAGUAAACUAGGAGGAAACACACAAGAAGAAAGUGGUUUUAAAAAUCAAAGACUUUUAUUCAUACUGCCCCGAUGUAAGAAGACAUGUACAUCAACAGAAAUAAAAAAUAUUUAACGUU